UAAAAGUCUAUAAAUAUGAAUCUCUUAUUGCGUAAUGUUACAACUCACACUCAAAUACUCAAAACCAACUGCAACACAAUGUUUUUCUCUUCUCAAACAGUUAUAGACAUGCUUGCUAUGCUAUUAUUUCUCUGUUUCAUAUGGAGAAUACUAGCAGCAAGAAAGAGCCAAAGCAAGAAAAUCAGAGUUCCUGAGCCACCUGGAUCAUGGCCUUUAAUUGGUCACCUACAUCUUCUAGGUGGCGUCCGAGAGCCAGCCUGCAAAAUUCUCGGAACCAUUGCCGAUAAAACUGGCCCUAUCUACUCACUGAGGCUCGGAAUCAACCGAAUACUCGUGGUGAGUGGUUGGGAAAUAGCAAAGGAAUGUCUUACUAAAAACGACAGAAUUUUCGCUACCAGGGCUAGCAUUGCAGCAGGAAAAUACAUCGGUUAUAACAAUGCUGUCUUCGCAUUAGCCCCUUACGGACAAUACUGGCGAGACAUUAGAAAGCUCGCGACUCUUCAGCUUCUGUCGAAUCGCAGGCUUGAAAUGCUUAAGCAUGUAAGGCUAUCUGAAAUCGCCGCAUUCUUAAAAGAUCUGCAUAAUAUGGCAAGUAACGGCGAAGUAGUUACUAUAAAUAAAUUGAUCGAGCAGCUUGCGUUUAAUAUAAGCUUGAGGAUGAUUGUAGGAAAGCGAUUUUCGAGCAGUACUUACGCGGAAGAUAACAGCGAGCCAUCCCGAUACAAGAAAGCCAUAGAAGAAGCUAUUUACCUAAGUGGAACUUUUGUAUUGUCGGAUGCGAUUCCUUGGCUAGAAUGGAUGGAUUAUGAAGGUCAUAUUAAGGCCAUGAAAAGAACUGCUAAGGAAGUGGAUCAUGUGAUCGGAACUUGGCUGGAGGAACAUGUCAAGAAAAAAAAUGGUGAAGGUGACUUCAUGGAUGUUAUGCUAUCAAACCUUGAUGAAGAUGCUAUCAUGUCUGGCCAUUCUCGCGAUACAGUCAUCAAGGCAACAGCUUUGAUUCUUACCCUCACUGGAUCAGGAAGCACAGCAACAACAUUGACAUGGGCACUUUCACUACUACUAAACAACCCAAGUGUACUGAAAGCAGCACAAGAAGAACUAGACAUCCAUGUAGGCAGAGAAAAAUGGGCUCAGGAAUCUGACAUUGAAAACCUGAAAUAUCUCCGCGCAAUUGUUAAAGAAACUCUACGUUUAUACCCACCAGGACCCCUGACUGGGAUUCGCGAGGCCCUGGAAGAUUGUAAUAUCAAUGGGUAUUUUGUAGCGAAGGGAACGCGUCUAAUCAUCAACAUUUGGAAGUUGCAGCGUGAUCCUCGGGUUUGGAAAAAUCCUGAUGAAUUUCAGCCUGAAAGAUUCCUGACGACUCAUUCUGAUAUUGAUGUUUGGGGUCAGAAUUUUGAGUUUAUACCUUUUAGUUCAGGGAGAAGAUCUUGCCCUGGAAUUACUUUUGGACUGCAAGUUGUUCAUUUGACACUCGCUAGGCUACUUCAGGGAUUUGAUUUUUCCACAAUUUCCGAUUUACCGGUGGAUAUGACGGAAGGCUUGGGAGUUGCCUUGCCUAAGGUUCAUCCUGUAGAAAUUAUCGUUAAGCCCCGACUCGGUUCCGAUCUGUAUGAAAGUCUUUGAAGAAGCGAGAAAUUCUCGGAAGAACACCAUAUAAGAUUAUGAGCAUGUUAUUGAUACUGUCAUGGCAUGCAUGAUUGAGUAAAAAAAAUUAAUCAAGAAAGGCCCAUAAUUUUAAUUAGAAAAUAACAUCAAUUGUUGAAGCUUUUUUAGAUUGAAGAUUCUAAACAAAUUAUGCUGCGUGCUACAUUAUAAGUUGAUAGUUCAUUAUACAUAUGGUAAAAUGGAUUUACAUCAGAAUUUCUCGUCUUAGAUUAUGGCAUUUUCGAUUAAUGUAUAAGGUAAUUAAAUAAGACAUGUUAAGCCACGGACAUGGACUUUUGUAUGUGUACUUUCUAAGGGUUAAGGUACAAAAAUGACCCUAAUGUUUACCUUGUGGCUC